AUGAGCUAGUUUAUGUUUGUCUCAAAGACAACAAGAGCUUGACCUCUGGUUGAGAGACAAGAUCCUGUCCCCAAAAUGGAGUGAAUCUCAGGAACUGUGAGAUAGGAAUGACUGGAGAUGGUUGGAGAAGCAGACAGGAAGCUGCAACCAUGCUCUAGGAGUCGUCCUGGACAAUGGUCAUAAGGCCAAUCAGCACCCAGGAUCACAAGGGAGAAAUUCAGAUCUCCUAUCUAUAAGGAGCCCAGUCAACACAGCAGUUUCCCAGGACUCCUUGAGGUGAACAGGCAUGACAGGAGUCUAGAGCCCUUCCCCACUCCCAACUAGCACUACCUCCUCAGCAAGAGAGUAAGCCCAUGCCCAGAGACCCCAGGGGGCCUCCUCCUACUUUCUGGGAGUUCAUAUUUAAAGUGGUCUUUAGUCAACACUGGAAGCAAACCCCUGGGCCAGGACUAGGACUAAAAGGUUCAGGUUAGAGAGAGGCCAAGCACUCCCCAUGCCAUGGAUCUUUCUGCCUUUAGUCCCCUGCUGGUCCCAAGAACAGAAGAGUGUAAACAUGGCUUUGACAAAUCCCUAAUGACUUUGCCUCUCUACAGGAGACCUGUUCAAAAGGUACCUGAUCCUCAAAAAGCCAGAAAUGGUUUGAGGUACACAGAGGCCAAUGACAAAGGCCAUGAAGACUGUGCUGGCUGUAAUGUGCUGGCUGCAAUUUGUAGAUGAGUAAAUAUCCAUCUGUCUGUCUGAUCCACUGAAGCAGAAGCUGGUGGAGACUAACCUCAUUUUGAUGAGAAGGGGAAAGGUACCUGGGGCACAGCAUGAAGACAGCCACUGUAGGCUAUAGAUAGCCUGCUGUGUUUGGUCCAUUUCUCACUCUGACCUCACAAGGAGCAACUGUGAGGGAUGAGGGUCCUGUAUAUAAGGCCGUGGGCUGGGCUGCAGCUCUGUCCCUACAGACCAGGGAGCUGAUUUAGGUGACCUGUGGGACUCUCCUAGCUAUCUGGUUAGUUGUUGAGCUGAGACUUUGCCACCACCUGUCUGCACAGGAGCACAGUGACCACCUAGUCUCAUGGACCGCCACCCCAACACGAAGAGCCUGAACAGCCAAUAUAUGGUCCUAUUUCCCAUCGGCCACGGUGCAUUUGGCUCUGUGCAACUGGCCUACCAUCGCCUCACAGGCAUCCCAGUGGCAGUAAAAGUGAUAGAAAACCUUGAGGAGGACCUCCAGUUCAUCAUAUCUGAGAUGGUGGCCCUCGAAAAACUGCACCACCCCAACAUCAUUCGCCUCUUCCAGGUGCUGGUAACACCAGAGCGAACCUGCUUCAUCACGGAGUAUGUCCCGGGAGGAGACUUGUUCCAAAAAGUGACGGAGGAGGGCAGGCUGCAGGAGGAAGAGGCACAGAAAAUAUUCGGGCAGAUCCUGUCAGCCGUCAAGUAUUGCCAUGACCUUGACAUCGUCCAUCGAGACCUGAAGCCCGAAAAUAUCCUCUUAGACGAAGAGGGAAACGUGAAGCUGGCAGACUUUGGUUUCGCCACCAAGUAUAGAGCAGGAACUCUACUGCAAAGGCAAUGUGGGACCAAGACCUUCAAUGCCCCAGAACAGAUACUGGGAUUGGGCUAUGAUGGGAAGAAGACGGAUGUGUGGAGUCUGGGUGUGCUGCUCUACUUCAUCACUACCGGCAACCACCCCUUCCAAGGAGACACCAUGGAAGAGAUCCAGGGGAAGAUCGUCACAGGCACCUAUGACAUUCCAGCUCAUGUCUCUGGGCAACUGGAAAAUUUAAUACACCAAAUAUUGACAGUUGCCCCAGAGAAGAGGCCCUCCAUUGAAGACCUUCAGCAACAUCCAUGGGUCAUGAACUGGAAAGAAAAUAUCCCAAGUGAAACCUUGCUAGAUCCAAAGAUCCUAGACACACUCUCUGACCUUGGCUUUAAUAGGAAUGAUGUUUUGGAAUCACUCAAAAAAAAUACUUACGACCAGUUUAUGGGGACAUACCUCAUCAUAAAAGAACAGGCACGCAAGGGGCUGCCGCUUGAGCUCGGCUGCACCACCUCAGUCAAGCCUGUGGACGCUGGAGCUGCUCCUCCUGCGUCCCUAGCAUAUCCCUCUGUCUCUGGUCUUCCCCCAAAAGAGAGUGCCAGUGAGCCCAUCUUUGGCCUCCUCCACACCCAGACCUCACCACAGCACCUGCCUGUUGUGCCAACAGCACCAGGGCAGAAGGUGGCCAGAAGUGUCUCCAUGCCUGUACGUUGUCCCCAGAAGAAGAGCCCCACUAUUAGCUCUGCCACCCUAUCCAGAGGCGAGACUUCUCCAAGUGUCUGCAGCAGCAUAUCAGAAGACGAAACCCUCCCGUCCCCUGGGACUGACUCUGACACGGAAAAUGCACUGAACCCUCAGAACAUCGGGUGCUUCCAGAGACUGCGCAAGAGAAUCAGGGCCUGCUUCUCAAGAUUAUGCUGCUUCUCUGGGGAUCGAAAGACACAAGUCCAGCCCAUGUUCAACAACAAAGUGAUUCCCCUGAAAGAGACAGAAUGAAAAGCCCAAGGAAUUGUGCACGCAGAUCAACUGGACAGGAAGAGUGUGUCAAGUCCUGUGAGGCCUGAUGUCACAUUGAAGAAGUCAACUGUGGGAGGCUGAGCUGGGUCCCAGUUCCUGCAUACCCUGGGUACCCAGUCUAGAGGAGAAGUCUGCAAUAUCACAGGACUCUCCACUGUGGCAUUCCAGGAGAAUGCCCUCAAAGGGCAGUGGUUGCUUCCAGAACAUCCAUCAGCUUUCCAAUCCUCAGGCUUUGACAUCUGAGGAGCCUGGAGGUGGGGACUCUACUGAUUUUUUCAUGGCAGCCAUGUGACCUAGGUCCUUGUAUUUCCUGGGCAUUGUGUUCUCAAUUAUGGGGUCUCUGACUACAAAGGCAGGUGGUUCCUUGUUGCUGAGGGUCAUGCCUGACUAGAACAAGAUGUGACUGGAAAAACAAGAUCAAUUCUCUUACCUAAGCAAGGGAUGGAGACGGGAUGUGAGGCCAUUGUGCAUAGGGAACAAAUGUCCAGAUGGAAUCUAAUGUGAUGAUCUGGUGCCUGGCAGAGGGACAAUGGUCAAGGCUUUAAGGGGUCUCCUGGAGAUUUCCCUGCAGUUCAGAUGGACAGACAAGAAGUAAUGAGCUCUGACCUGUAUUCUGAUAGCACAGUGUGGGUCAUAGGCCAGGUCUUGUCACAAGUAUCUGCAGAUGAAAGUCUGGAUGCUUAGUAUCUCCUGCUGCAUGUCCAUUCCAUGGGUCAACUGGCAACCCAAGAAGUCAUUGUGAUUGCAGUGCCACAGGAGUCUCUACAGGGAACUAACUCCAUUCUCAAGAGCAGAGGAUACUGGGAUAGCCAUCCAAAGCAUCUGAUGAUCAGGCAGGAAUCAGUGAGUGUGUCUUCAAGCCCUACAUGCCAAGAAGAAAAUAAACUCAUUCUCAAGGGGUACUAACGAUGGCCCUCCCCCUCCACCUCCAUGUACUCUAUGUCCAAUUAUCCAGUUGACAUUUCCUUAAAACAAUCACGGUAGAACCCUACUCCAGAUUUUGGGGAACACAGUUGGGACAGGGUUCUGGACCUCUCUGUCCUUCCAUGUCUACAUGGACAUUUAGGAUGUGUGCAGUCUCUGGAUGGUCCUGUGCCAACUGCAGGAUGGGCAGAACUGGUGUUUUGUCCCCAUCUAAUGCAGAAAGCCUUGUGCCAUUAUGUGAUCCUGUUGAGAGGCUGUUCUGCCCUUCAGGCCAAUGGGCUGAUUCACCUGUCCCCAUAUAAAGACAGCCCAGCAUGCCCUUACCGGGUGCUACUGUCACUAUGGAGACACUAAGACAAGAAGGACUUUGACAGUACGAAGUGGGAUGGGAAGACGUUGUGAGGCCCAGCUGUACCUGGGAACUAGACAGAGAAACCACCGAUCCCCUCUUCAGACCUGCUUUCUGUACUGGUGUCCUUGUCCUGAAGCUCUGUCACAGAGAAGGAAACAAUUUCUCCCAGAAUCUCCUUCAGCCUUCAUUCUGAGUCUUCUAGAUGGGAAGAACCUGGAGGAGGGUCUCUCCAGAUGUGUCAGAGGUUGGCCCUAUGAACUGUGUCACUGCAUCUCUUGGGAUUGUGUUCCAGGUGUGGGCUGUCUGACAGAGCUAGGCUUACAGCUCUAGCCAUGCAGCCGGUUCCUCACUUCCUGGCAUGUGCCUGCUCCAGUCCCCCUGUAGUACCAUGGGAGCGGUUCUUCCUCCACAGCCCCGACGCCAUUUUACCUACAUGGAAUGAGAGAGAAGACUGGGUCUGGGGUUUGAGCCCAGCUUCUGGGCUGCCUUUGUGCAAUGAUCUGAGCUGUUCUUUUGUCAGUUGACACUCGAUGGACACAGCCAUGUGCCAGGCCCUCAGUAGGGGCUGGAUCCCAGGAUCAGUGAUCUGGUGGCCACGCCGACAACAGGGAUCUGGCACUCUGGCAGAGUCCAGGACAACCAGGAAGACAAAGGUGCUGAGAUCCUCAGUCACCUUGAGGAGACCCAUCUCACUCCAGGAUUUUACUUUCUACUCUGAAAAGAAGGCCCUGAGUGAUGCAGGUAGGAUGCGUCACAAAUCCUCUCUGCUCUGACCUGCUGUCACUGUCUUCUUUGUGGAUGUCACCAGAAACAGCAGAGCAGUCAAGCAUCAUGAGGCAUCCCUGAUGGGGACAUCCCAGGCUCAAGUCACAGUCAACUGUGCACCAAGGUCCUUCCGUGUUGGUGGCUGGGCAGUCUGAACACAAAGUCUUGCUGUGUCCGUGAGGGCCCGGGCCCUGGGACUCUCUAACUUCCUGUUGCAGUUGUUGCUGUGUCUGAUGCUCCUGCUGCCAAAACCUACGUCAUGGAUUUGAAAACAUGAGUUUCCAACCUCAAA